AUGAGCGCGCGCAUACUCCUUCGUCAGGCCCAUCGUUUGGCCGCGCAACCCGGACUUGUGAGGCCAGCGCCAUGGAGACGGAUUGGGCGCGCAAACGUGACUGCCUACCAUAACGCCGUCCUGGUCCGAAAUGCGUCUUUUGCUCGAUUCUUGCCCAAGCUCGCCGCCAAAUUUAUUCGCGUUCCAGCGAUGUUCGGUGGCGUAGCGGUUGGGGCGCUUGCUUGGGUUCAUUACCAAACAAUCCAGGCGGGCAACUAUGCCGUAAAUAUAUUUAACAAUACCAGAGAAGUCGUUUCCGAUACCGCGUCCGGCAUUUUCGACAGCGCGAGGGAUAUAGCAAAACAAACGGCCUUGGGGUUUGAGAGAACUCGAGACGGUGCGAAGGAGACUUGGAACGGGUGGAUGCAAGAUAUAUUAAAGCCCUCGCCCGAAGGUUCCUCGAACGGUGGUCAGUCUGGCGGAGGUGGCCCUCCAAAACAAAGCAGGGCCGGCGCUGCUACAGCCGCUGCUACCGCCCUUGCCUACGACCAGGCCUCUCAGGAUGAUACAGCGGACCAAACGGUGGAGCGCGAUGACCAGAUGAUGGCUUUGACCAAGGAGAUGAUUGAAAUUCGAAACAUUCUUCAGAGGAUUGGGCAAUCCAGCACACUCACACUCCCUUCUAUUGUUGUAAUUGGGUCGCAGUCGUCAGGGAAGAGCUCUGUUCUUGAGGCCAUUGUUGGACACGAGUUUCUCCCUAAAGGAUCCAAUAUGGUCACGAGGAGGCCGAUCGAGUUGACGCUUGUCAAUACCCCGGAUUCAGUGGUUGACUAUGGCGAAUUCCCGGAUUUGGGUCUAAGAAAGAUUACAGACUUUUCAUCCGUCCAGCGCACAUUGACGGAGCUGAACCAGGCCAUUCCAGACUCAGUUUGCGUCUCCGAUGACCCAAUUCGCCUAUCUAUUUAUUCGCCCAAUGUCCCCGACUUGUCGCUGAUUGACCUUCCAGGGUACAUACAAGUGGUCGGCGAAAACCAACCCCUCGAGCUCAAACAGAAAAUAUCGGAACUUUGCGACAAAUACAUCAAAGCACCCAAUGUCAUCUUGGCAGUUUCUGCCGCGGAUGUUGACCUGGCCAACUCCACUGCCUUGAGGGCGAGCCGCCGGGUCGACCCUAGAGGGGAGCGAACUAUCGGUGUCGUCACGAAGAUGGACCUCGUGGACCCAUCCCGGGGCUCUUCCAUUCUCAAAGACAAACAGUACCCGCUACGCCUAGGCUAUGUCGGGGUAGUGUCUAAGGCGCCGGUACAAACUGUUGGCCUAUUCAAAAAGGGUCCGCGCAACCUGAUGACGGCUAUUGCACAGAAUGAAGAGGCAUUCUUCUCCUCUCACAUGGAGGAAUUCGGGCCAAGGACCGGCGUCAGUACGGGCACGACUGUUUUGAGGAAGAAAUUGAUCAAUGUGUUAGAGCAGACCAUGUCGGCUAGCCUUCGGACAACAGGUGAGGCCAUAGAACGAGAGCUCAAGGACACUACCUACAAGUUCAAGUCCCAGUUCAACGACAGGCCAAUCUCGGCAGAAACCUAUCUUUCGGAGUGUCUGGAUGACUUCAAACAUUCAUUUAGAAAGUUCAAGGACUCGUUCGGUCUCCCCCAGAUGCGGGAUCUCUUGAAGAAUGAGCUGGAUCAGAAGAUUCUUGAUUUGCUAGCAGAAAGAUACUGGAACAAGCCCAUUCGGGACCUCUCUCCUGCGUCACCAGAACCUCUUGAGAGCUCCCUCGCGGAUUUACCAAGGGCUGCUGUAGACUCACCUUAUUGGACUCGACAGUUAGAGGCAUCCUCCUCAUCUCUCACCGAAUGCGGCGUCGGGCACCUAUCGACCGUUGCAUUAAAGGAAGCCCUCGAGUCUCAUUUCAUCGGCCUGGUGGACGAGUCCCGUUUCAAAGACAAUCCGCUCGCAAGAAGAGCAAUUGUCGAAGCAGCCUCAUCCAUUCUGAAUGAACGAUUCUAUCCGACAGUCGACGGCGUGGAGCAUGCCAUCAAACCCUACAAAUUUCGACUCAAUAUUGAUGAUCAUGAGUGGAAAGAAGGAAGGGAGCACUCCGCCGUCCUUCUGCAAAAAGAGCUCAAACUAUGCCAGUCGGCGUUAAAGGACGUGGAGGCGUCUGUCGGAGGCUGGCGAAAGCUAAAGGAUGUUACGUCGUUUGUUGAUAAGGCAAGGCGGGGUGAAGUCAUUGUUGAUGGCGACAGCGAGAACCGUACUGGCGCCGGUGGGUUUAGUGCUGAUCUCUUAGCAGAAGGUCGUAAAGCUGUCUUCCUCCGUGACAGGAGCGACAUACUCAACAUGCGACUAAAGGCAGUAAAGUCGAAACAAUGUGCAGACCUGAAGAACAAGAUGUACUGCCCCGAAGUCUUUCUCGACGCCGUUGCCCGGAAACUCACAGCUACUUCUGUCCUUUUCUUGGACGUCGAGCUUCUUUCGGAGUUUUACGGCAACAUGUCCCACGCUCUUGACCUAAAUAUUGGCCGGAAGCUUUCCGACGAGGAAGUCGAGAGGUUUGCAAUGAGGGAUCCCAAGGUCAGGAGGCAUCUGGAGAUGAUGCGAAGGAAGGAGCUCCUGGAGCAGGCUCUGGAAAAGAUGAAUAACUUGAGACGACGGGAGUCGAGGGAGCUUGACCGGAGGUCCAGAUUCUCCUUUAAAUGA